GUGAGCGCGAGUGCCGCUUCAUUAUCAUAGUAGUUGGUGCGCGCUUAUCGAUGCUUAUAAUUUACCAAUCCCUCGAUCGUUCUUUUAUUUACGUUCGGGCCAAGUUGUAUCGGAGACGUGCAAAAGCAUCAUGACGACGAACGGUGAAAAAGACUACGAUAAGCUGGUUAACGAGCUGCAGAGGGAGUAUCUCAACUUGGUCGCGACCCUCAAGUCAUUAGAGGCGAACCACGGGAGGGUCUACAAGACGAUGUUGAGGAAUCGCGAACAGAUGGAUAAGCUGACGGCAGGUCGCUCGAACAGAGUAAGCAAUCAGCCCACGCCACCGAUGCCACUUGUGCCACGUGUCCUCAAUGUACGUGCUGGUACCGUCGUCCUUCCACAGAAUCAAUACCAGACGAGCCAGCUGCUAUCUCAACAGCAGCAGCAGCAGCAGCAGCAGCAGACGACGGUGAUGCCCGUCACGAGCACCGCAACGCCGACGACGAUGAGGCCGCAAGUGCAGAUGACGAAAAACGAACAGAUGAGCAAGCUGAUGACAGGUUGCUCGAAUGGAGUAGGCAAUCAGCCCACGCCACCGAUGCCAGCUGUGCCACGUGUCCUCAAUGUAAAUGGCGGUCUCGUCGUCCUUCCACAGAAUAAAUACCAGAUGAGCCAGCUGGUUCCUCAACAGCAGCAGCAGCAGCAGCAGACGACGGUGAGGCCCGUCGCGAGCACCGUAACGCCGACAACGUUGAAGCUCGUCGCGAGCACCGCAACGCCGACGACGAUGAGGCCGCAAGUGCAGAUGCCGACAAACGAACAGAUGAGCAAGCUGAUGACAGGUUGCUCGAAUAGAGUAGGUAAUCAGCCCACGCCACAGAUGCUAGCUGUGUCAAGUGUCCUCAAUGUAGGUGGCGGUCCCGUCGUUCUUCUACAGAAUCAAUACCAGAUGAGCCAGCUGCUUCCUCAGCAGCAGCAACAGCAGCAGACGACGGUGAGGCCCGUCGUGAGCAUCGAAACGCCUAUAACGGUGAGGCCACAAGUGCAGAUGCCGAAAAACUCGGGCUUAUCAAUUGCAACCGUGCCGACUGGUAUUGCAGUUCCCACGAUCAAGCUGCAGCCAGUCAGUCUAGAUCAUAUUAAGAAGAUGGUGGCUGUAAAAAUGCAGGCAACCACGAACGAGCAGCAGACAGAUUCGACCUCGUCGCAGAAUCCGAAGCGCAAAGCUAACAACGGCGCAGAUUUCAAGCUAGGAAGUCAGAUUACCAUUACCCAGAUACCUGCACCUGCCAAAAAAAUCAAGCCCAGUCCCACCAAGAUCGUCUCCAACGAUCACGUCUCUAUCCUUCCCAAGCCGACGACAACUUCAGAUUCACAAAUCGUGGAAGUCACCGGUUCGGGUAAAAUGGACGAAACAGACUCGCAAACAGUUGAAAAAAUUGAUCGGAGAACGACGAAGCUAGCAUGCCGCGUCGACUCUGCGGAUACAGUAUGCAAUCCAAUCAGAGACGAGCAAGGUGGCUCGGAUAUAGAGAUCUUGGAGGAGUUUUCGACUGAUAAAGCCAAUAAUAGCAUAAAGGUUAAGACAGAACCUACAGAGGCAACAGUCAAGCCUAAAAAUGUCGAUAAGCCCAGUAAAAGACCACAAAAGGGGAAUAAUUAAAAGGAUUAUAGUAAUUUCAGAUAGAGUAUCACGAAAGUACAGUUAUUUAGUACGAUUAAUGAUGCGUAUCUUUUACGUCAUUGAAAAAAAAAAAAUGUUGUGACGCGAGUAUACUUUGUGUCGAAGUAUAUUAUUUACGUUUGAGCAACUGGGAUGCUGUGUGAUAAAUCGCAUAUCUUUGUAAAUUGAAAAUUGCUAAAACAAUUGUGCUUAAGUAGCAUGAGACUAUUUUAUGUAUUAUUUAAAGUCAGUAAUUAUAAUUUAAUGAUAAGAAAAAAUGUACGAAUUACAUUUUAAAAUUAUUAUUUUAUUUUUGUAUGUAACAUUUACGAAUGAGAAUUACAUUUGUAAUGGAUUAUUAACGAUAUACAUUUGAUUAAAGGAUAAAC